CCGGGGCGGUGCGACGCGGGGGUGGGCCCCACCGCGUAAUGGCAGCGCGGUGGCCUCGCGUCCAUCUUUACCGCUCUCCCGGACCUGUCACAAAGGAGUCGCGUUGCCGCCGCCGCCGCCCCUUCCCGAAGAAUUGCCACCGGCUGACCAGGAUUUCCUCUAGUUGAUAAUGUUGGAGAUCAGAUCUACCACUUUCUUCAGCAUUCAGUUAUUAAAAACAAAUAGAAUGCAAGUGUCUCCGCUCCAGAUUAUGAAAACAAUACUUGGGAAACUGAAAACUAUCUAAAUGAUCGUCUUUGGUUGGGCCGUGUUCCUAGCAAGCAGAAGCCUUGGCCGAGGUCUGCUGUCGACUCUUGAGGAGCGCAUAGCUCACUUCCUGUGGACGAGAGGGGCCGGUGGUACCAUGGGCAACUCCUGCAUCUGCCGAGAUGACAGUGGAGCCGAAGACAGUGUUGACACCCAGCAGCACCAGGCUGACAGCAGCGCGGUGCCCACCGCAGACACAAGGAGCCAACCCCGGGACCCUGUUCGGCCACCACGGAGGGGCCGAGGACCACACGAGCCGAGGAGAAAGAAACAAAACGUCGAUGGGCUGGUGCUGGACACACUGGCGGUCAUACGGACUCUUGUAGAUAAUGAUCAGGAACCUCCCUAUUCAAUGAUUACAUUGCACGAAAUGGCAGAAACAGAUGAAGGAUGGUUGGAUGUUGUCCAGUCUUUAAUUAGAGUUAUUCCAUUGGAAGACCCAUUGGGACCAGCUGUUAUAACAUUGUUACUAGAUGAAUGUCCAUUGCCCACUAAAGAUGCACUCCAGAAAUUGACUGAAAUUCUUAAUUUAAAUGGAGAAGUAGCUUGCCAGGACUCAGGCCACCCUGCCAAACACAGGAACACGUCUGCAGUUCUAGGCUGCUUGGCUGAGAAACUAGCAGGUCCUGCAAGUAUAGGUUUACUUAGCCCAGGAAUACUGGAAUACUUGCUACAGUGUCUGAAGUUACGGUCCCACCCCACAGUCAUGCUUUUUGCACUCAUCGCACUGGAAAAGUUUGCACAGACAAGUGAAAAUAAAUUGACCAUCUCAGAAUCCAGCAUCAGUGACCGACUUACCACACUGGAGUCCUGGGCUGACGAUCCUGAUUAUCUGAGACGCCAGGUUGGCUUCUGUGCACAGUGGAGCUUAGACAAUCUCUUUUUAAAAGAAGGUCGGCAGCUGACGUAUGAGAAAGUGGACUUGAAUAACAUCCGGGCCAUGCUGAAUAGCAACGAUGUCAGCGAGUACCUGAAGAUCUCACCGCACGGCUUGGAGGCUCGCUGUGAUGCCUCCUCCUUUGAAAGUGUGCGCUGUACCUUCUGUGUGGAUGCUGGGGUAUGGUACUAUGAAGUAACAGUGGUCACUUCUGGUGUCAUGCAGAUCGGCUGGGCUACAAGAGACAGCAAAUUUCUCAAUCAUGAAGGCUACGGCAUUGGGGACGACGAGUACUCCUGUGCCUAUGACGGCUGCCGGCAGCUGAUCUGGUACAAUGCCAGGAGCAAGCCUCACCAGCACCCUUGCUGGAAAGAAGGGGACACCGUGGGAUUUCUGUUAGACUUGAAUGAAAAGCAAAUGAUCUUCUUUUUAAAUGGCAACCAGCUGCCUCCCGAAAAGCAGGUCUUUUCAUCUACUGUAUCUGGAUUUUUUGCUGCAGCUAGCUUUAUGUCAUAUCAACAGUGUGAGUUCAAUUUUGGAGCAAAACCAUUUAAAUAUCCACCAUCAACGAAAUUUAGCACUUUCAAUGACUAUGCCUUCCUAACAGCUGAGGAGAAAAUCAUUUUGCCAAGGCACAGACGUCUCGCGCUGCUGAAGCAAGUGAGCAUCCGGGAGAACUGCUGCUCCCUGUGCUGUGACGAGGCGGCAGACACACAGCUGCGGCCGUGUGGGCACAGCGACCUGUGCAUGGAUUGUGCCUUGCAGCUGGAGACCUGCCCAUUGUGCCGUAAGGAAAUAGUGACUAGAGUCAGACAGAUUUCCCAUAUCUCAUGACACACGGGAAGCAGCACCACGGACUUGUUUCUACUCAAUUCCAGCCAAUGCUGAAAAGAAAAAAAAAAAAAAACAAAGAAAAAAUUCUCUAAUCAGUUGUACGCACAUUGAAACGUAUAGCCAUGCCCAGAUUUUAUGCUAAAAGCGGUAGUUUGUCAAAGACAAAAUUACAAAAUUCUUUUAGUAUCUAACCCAACUUGCCAGCCCUGAGAAAUUCCUUUUAAGGCCCAGGAAAGCUGAGUGCUCACAAAGGCCUAUGGUACUUCCAUGAGAAAACAGUAGGAGCCCGCCCUCCUGAGUGCUGGAACCAGACCAGAAUUUCUCCACGUUGGGUUCAUUUGAUUGUUUAACAUGGGAUGUUUUGUGUCAUAUUCUGAAGUUUUUAUUUUGGGCAAAGUCAUUAUGGAGAAAUAAUGACAGCAUUUCUGGGUUAAACAUACUUCCUGUUGGUCAGAGAAGACACCUGUGUCAGCACGGAUCUUGCACUUCGAGCCUUGAACCUGAACCUAGAAUCACACAGGUCAAUCCGACAAGCGACGCAGAGGACCUGAGAAGGCGCACAGACUGUAGAAGAAAACCCAAAUGUUUUAUAUUUCAGUGAUUCCAAAGAACAUUCUAGUUUUUUUUAACUGCAGAAAAUCGGUGGUAUUUUCACAUUCAUGGUGUUUCUAUCCAAUGUCAGUACCCACAUUUUGUGAGGAAGAAAUGUUUGAACAAUGCAGGUGGAGUUCUUAAUUGCAAUAUUAGACUGAAGAAAAUUUGGUAUUUAGGGUAUUUUUAAGGUACCAUCAAAUCAGGUUUUUGUUUUUUGUUUUGUUUUUUAAUCAGUAUUGUUUUUGGAAGUAAUCUACUUUAAAACUCUUGAACUAAUAGUCUCCAAAAAACUCUUAGAGGACUGUCUGAGAGCACAUAUUUCUGUUGUUUCAAAUAAAUACAUGUUUUUGAAUAGUGAGUUCAGUCAUGGAUUGUUGACUGUGUCUUCAUCGAAAGUGUUCGCCCUCUCAGGGGCUCUGGUGAAGACCUUCAAGAGUUUGUUUGUUUUUUCUCCCAGAAAAUUGGAAGGUAGAAUUGUAAAUUCCUAGAAGUUAUUUUAUAAUGGUGUACCUCAGCAGCUGCCUUUCAAUUGAUGCCAAGUCCUUACUGAGUUUAUACUUGAAUAGUAAAUAUGUCUUCUGAGUUUUACAGUGUCUUAAGCUCAACGCACACUUUUUCUUAUUUCCCCACCCCUUCUUGUUUGGAUUUCAUUAAACCAUUCUAUGACAAACAGA